AUGAACAAUCGCAUCUUCAAUUGCAGAACCUGCGACGUGCAGUUUGCGUCGUCUCAGGCGUGGCGGGAACAUGCCAAAAGUGAUGCCCAUGUUGCCAAACUCAAGGACCGCAUGGCCUCGUCUGGUGUGGUGUUACCGUCCGCGAUAGCCCGACAAGAUGAAUGGUCAAAACAAAACUCAAGACCAGCUCAAAAUUCUGAUCGCAGGACGUCACCGUCUCAACCAAUGGUAGACAAAGAAGGUUCCGAAGAUGAGCUCUACAGUGAAGGAGACUCAGAGACAGAGCGCGACGCCAACCCCGACUUCAUACCCGAGCAAUGUCUCUUCUGUGGUACUUUGUCGGAAUCAUUCGACCAAAACCUCGACCACAUGUCGCAAACACAUUCGUUCAGUAUUCCGCAGCAAGGGUCCCUGAUUGUCGAUUUGGAAACUUUAGUGUGGUACUUGCACCUCAUUGUGUAUGGCUAUCAGGAAUGUCUGCUCUGCAGCAAGACCAAGCGAUCAGUGGAGGGCAUCCAGCAACACAUGACGGCAAAGGCACACUGCCGCUUCGAAAUAAACAACGACAUGAAAGACUUUUAUGAAUUCUCAGAAAAGGCUCAACCCGUCCAAGAUAUGAUCAUUCCCGGCGAGUCGAUCAUGAAACUGACAUCAGGCAAAAUCCUCGGCCAACGAACUUUACCAGCAGAAAACACAUCACGGCGCACACUACCACACAGUGAAUCAUCAAACGAGACAGCGUCCAACGAACUGGUCACAAAAUCUGGGUCGGAAUUGACGAGGAAUGAUCGCACGUUGGCGAGAGUCGCUAGUCAAUUGUCGCAAUUUAGAAUGGGCGAUCAACAGAGUCUCGUGCAUCUUCCUGCGCAUGAGCUUCGAUCUGUGCUUGCUUCGAGGAUGAAGCAAGUGAGUAGCGCGAAGAGGGCGGAGAGACGAAUGAGAACGAGGCUUGAAGGAAAGGGGAAUAAGACUUUGAUGAAGCAUUUCAAGCCAGAUGUUCCGGUCGUUUAG